GCGAACGGGCGGGAAGAAUGGGCGCGGACGUUGAAGACGAAGAAGGUCAUACGAGGAAAAUGAAUAGUGGUACUAGUGGUACGUGUGAUCCUACUUCUGCCACGGGUGGUCCAACACUUCUGCAGGAUGACAUUACCACGAACAGACAUCCGCAUGGUGGGACAACUACAUCUCCAACGCAGCAGCUCUUUAGUAGUACGGUGCGGAAAAGCCGGAACAGUUUGUUUUGCCCAGCCCCCGUCGCUGAGGAAGAGACUGGGGCCAGUUCUAGCCGUCGCGGAUCCAGUGCAGUCUCAACACCUGCUGGCGCGACAUCGACAUCGGCAGGACGACGGGUCUCAUCGAUGAACAAACCAUCUUUGGCCGCACCGGGUGCUCCACCACCGCCGCGCAUGACGCUACCCGCCCCGUCCCCGCACGGGGGACAGCCGGAGUUGCACUCAGCAAACCUCCCGGAAAGCGUGUGGAGUAUGUCACGACGCUUGUCCCAAGUGGUAUUGUCUACGAAGCGGCCUAGCAUGAUUGUACCGAGGCGCAAAUCGCAACUUCCGGUGAACGUUAAUGGUUCAUCAGAGGAAAUUUUUCAACAAGCGGAUCAACAUCAAGCAGCAACGGGUUGUAGUAGCAGCCGUCCGGGAAAAAUGAAUAAAAACGUGUUCCAGGUCGUCGACAACAGCAGCAAACCAUCGAAGAUAGAACUAGGCCCGUCGGAAAGGGCCACCGCUGCUUCUACCUAUUCCGGAUCUACUUGGCAGCCAGGACCGCAUGCUGUGAACAACUCUGUUGAAAGCAAACUGCGGCGACCCAGUUCCAUCUUGAAAACCUCCACCUCCAAAAGAACCACGAUCGCGGGCGGGCCAGGUUUCUUUGCGGAAAAAUUCGCACUCGACAGCAACGCUUCUGUCGAGGGCUCCAUUGACGAAAACACGGCAAGAAACAGUGGGAAUAGAGGCGGAAUACUGGCUGGUGGGGUUUCCUCGUCAUUUAGUGGAGGUGGAGAGAUACAACACAGCACAAGUACAACAACUUCUAAUGCUGACAAAACAAAGCCGCCAGGAACUACAACUACUGCGAGCAAGAAAGUGCGCGCGAGCUUCGCAGUUCCCGAGCAGAUCCCGGGUUUCAACAACAGAUCGAAACGAAAAAUCUCUUUGCUACCGCAAAACACAAAAAGCCAGCUCGACCCGAGCACGAGACGGACCAUUGCCGUCGCGCCAGACCACGCAACCUUGCUGAGACACGCACAAGCGACGAAAAACGAAAACGCGAUUUUCCAACUCGGGUUAGCAAGCUUCCGGGAAAGUUUGCCCGAGGGGUCCUCGCUUGGAGAAGAGGAGGACAAAUUGACGUCGAAAUUAUUCAUCUCCCCAGAGCAAAAUAACCAGCAGAACAACAACUCGGUUCUUUCCAGCCCCGCACCAAGCACCCCGCAGUCCGGCGUCCGAUUAUCCGUUUUGCUCGACGGGGUCUUGAAAAGCAAGGAGCAGAAGGACGGAAAUAAAGUGCGGAAGUCCGUCGCGAUUCUGCCCGGACACAGCGAGGAGGGGGACGAGAACGGUGGUGGUGGAGCAUCGUCUUCGAAUACUAAGCGGAAUUUCCUGCUCGCUGGCGGAGAUAUGAAAAAAGGCAACAAUCUUCGCGGGCGCGCGAUGCCGCGCCUGUCGAUUUUUGCGGAGUUUAAGGCGGACAACACGGUCAUGUCGGCGGUUCGAAAGAAGAGUUUGUUAUCCGGGAUCAACAUCAAUGCAAAUACCGCGGGGGCCCUCGGAUCUGCCGGACCGGCCGCGGGAACGGGUGCUAUCGGGAUGAACCACGGCUUGAAAUCGGCGUUGAAAAACAAGGGUUUUAACCGCUCCAUGUCCAUUUCCAUCAAGGACGAGGAGGACGCGCGGCAGCAGAAGGUAAAAGCGGAGUGCAGCAAGGCGGCGCUGGCGCAGAUGAAGCGGUGGCUGUUGAACAGCAUGAACCGAACGUUCGUGCAGGACAUCUGGCAGGGGUGCAAAUUGCUGAAUCCCUUGGACAAGACUCUGAUCAUCCAAGAACGCUCGAAGAAGAUCAAAAAAGUGACCGAGAAGCGCGUCGCACCCUUGCGGUCGAGUUUGAAGAAGGAUAAUUCUCUAGGCAGUCGGGCGAGUGCGAAUAUCAACGGCGGGACGAGUAGUGCUGCUGGUGCCACGUCGAAUGCAGGUGGGAGUCUUGUUUCAUCCGCAGCGAACAGGAACAGCAGCACAGGUGGUCUAUUGAAUUCGAAUUCGAACAACAGCUCGAAUCUUCCGUCGCCGACGUCGAACUCGCAGUAUUACCUGCAGAAUAAGUUCACUUCCUCAGCAACUUUGUCGAAUAACAGCACGCCGACGUCUGCCAUGCUGUCUACGAGAUGGAUGAACGGGCAUGGUACGAAUGGUACCCGAAGGAGCAGCAACAUGACAAAUUCCAGUAUCGGAUCAUUCGGCGGGGGGAAGGGGGCGGUCCCUGGGAGCAGCGGCUUCGCGGGGCUGGUGCCGGGGUGAGAAAGGUGGAAGCAGAUGUUAAGAAUCUCGUAGAAACAAGUUUCUGUUGUCACAUGUAAAAUGCUAGCUACUUGUACUUGCUCAGGCUCUUGAUCAAAUUUGUUUACCGACGCGGUAAUGCUGGAAAAGCACAUACUCUGCGUAGUGAUAAUUAAGAAGUGUCAUAGUACUGCGUCGGCGAAGACGAGGACGGACUCACUGCUGUUAUUUCUUUGGCGUGCGUUGCUGUCACAUGCUUCCUUGUAUGAUAGAGAUACCACAAAGACAAACUCAGCUGCAAGGGCUUCUCGAAAAUUUGGCAUCUCUCCAAUUAUACCGUAGUAUACCAUAGUAAUAGUUUUGUUGCAUCGCAGCCUUGAAAAUAGUCACUUCGUAAGUGGUGAUGACGUGGGCGCCUUGCGUAAUCUGAUCCGCUCGCUCUGUUCUUCUGAGCGAGGGACUCACUAAAUCUGUGCUCGUGGUUGAUAUUAUUUUUUGCUCUUGCUUUCAGUGAGCGUAGGCCCG